GUGCUAGUGUAAUUGCAUGAUUCCACAACGAUGGGGAAAUCAACAGAGAGAGCGAAACUUUUUCGCCAAUUUGACGAACACAUUGAAAAAGACUACGACCCAGAAGCCCCAGAUGUUCACCAGGACGACGGUAGCGAUGAGAGCGGCGAUGAUAACUUGGGAACCGAGCAUUACGAACAAGUUGGCAAAAGCAACUUGAGACAAAAGGGAAACAACACCUUAGGACCACAGUACCGAGGCGCUCGUGUCAGUCGUGAUGCCCUGGAACAAGAGAGCGAAGAUGACGACGAUGAAGACGACGACGAGGAGGAUGAAUUCGAUGAUCCCGAAGAGGCCGAUCUGAUUGCCGACACUGCAGAGGCCGACGAGGAUUCUGAAAUUAGCUCUGAUAAUGCUCUGGGCGAGUCUGACGACGAACAUCUCGAAAAAUUCGUCUUUCGCGGAAGCUCUAAGCCAAAGAAGGCAAUUGGCAAAGGCCGCGCAACUGCUGCCGAUUUCAUGUCCGGAUCCGAAGACGACGAUGAAGACGCCGCCGAUUUUGAGGAUGAGGAGGACGACGAAGAUGAGGACGAGGACGAAGACAUGGACGAUGGACUCGACGACUUGAUCAACGGUGGUGGUACCUCUGACGAAGAAGAAGAGGACGACGAGGACGAUGAUGAUGAUGACGACGAAGAAGGGGAUGAAGACGAAGAACAAAAGUCAACAGCCAAGCCAUCGAUGGUACCACUUUCUACACGAGAUGUCGAAAAGGGCAAAGCUAUUCAGCAACAAAGAAAGGCUUAUGAUGGCCUUCUCAACCUCCGAAUCCGUCUUCAAAAAGCCCUGGUUUCAGCAAACACAUUUGACAUUUUGGAAGACAGCGACGAGACCGACGCCGAACCUUACGAAGCUGCAGAGGAGGCGGCUAUUAAGCUGUUAAACACCAUUAGUGGACUGCGUGACAACCUUGCGCCAUCUACAGUAACUGGAAAGCGCAAGCGAGACUUUGAUGCUUCCACCUCCAACGAGGACAUCUGGGCGCAACUUUGCAGCGAGCACGAAGCAUCUGUUUCCUUCCGAGAGGAUCGCCUGGAGAAGUGGUCCCGCAAGGUACAAAGCGUGAAUGUGGCUACUACGAAAUCACUAUCAUCACGGACGACACCACUUGUCACAGCACUCCGCGACCAACUAAACGCCCCCGGUGAGCGAUUGGUGAAGCGCACCAAGGUACCACGAUCCUGCGCGCCGGCACAGGCCGCCAAGAAGGUGGCCGAGGAUGAGACUAUCUUCGAUGAUGCCGAUUUCUACCAGAUGCUUCUUAAAGAGCUCGUUGACCAGCGCACUGUUGACGGUGCUUCGUCUGGCGCCACAGCGGUUCCAUCGGUUGUGUUGACCGCAGCGCGCGACUCUAAGCCCCGAAAGGUUGUCGACAGAAAAGCCAGCAAGGGCCGCAAGAUGCGUUUCACCGUUCACGAGAAGCUCCAGAACUUUAUGGCACCAGAAGACAGACGCUCAUGGGAACAAGGCGCCAUUGACAGAUUCUUCAGCACGCUGUUUGGCAGAAAACUUGAGCUUGCUGAAGAGGAGAGCGACGAUGAAGCAGAAGAUGCGGUUGUUGUGGAGAGCGAUUUCCGACUGUUUGGAAAUUAGAGGAGAUAGAAUUGAUUCAUAUGCAUACUAGAACCAUUGUAUACAAAAUUUCUGGAAAUUUAAAAACAGCAUUCUUUAGUCGUUUCGUCA